AUGACAAUGAACAACAACAACUGUAAUAUCUUCAACUACACCAACAACACUAAUGUUGUUUACAACUUUGAUGGCGGUGGUGAUUCAUCCAACAACCCAAACAAUAUUCUCCAAAAUAACAACAUCAACAACAACAUCUACAACAACAACUAUAAUAGUAUAUUCAACUUCCAUGCCUUUAAUGAACAACUUCAACUACCAUGGACCAAUAUUGAGAAUGAACUGACCCAGGCCUUGACCCAAGAGGGCUUGAUUGCCCAUCCAGACCUAAGCCAGAUUGAACAAUCUCAUAAUUCCAAUUCCCUGUACUACCAGCAGAAUCCACAGAAUAUCCAGAAUACCCAGACUCCUCAGCAGCAACAACAGCAGCAUACGAUGAUCCUCCAUAAGCCUACCAAUGAUUGCACUCCACUUGUUCAAGUGAACUUGUGCAACAACCAGAUCCCCAACUCCCAUUCAUUUUUCCAGUACAAUCUUUCCUCCGCCAACUCCUCCAUCGACUAUACACUGUUCCAUGGAUAUAACGAUAAUCCCCCAUCACCAACACACUCAUCCUCCAGCGAAUAUCUUUCCGACAUAUCCUCACCGAUUCAAUCAUUAUCAUCUACAUUCACAGACGAUCAAAUGUAUUCGUCACCUCGAACUCCUCAAUCCCCCAAUAUAACAUCCACAACAUCAACUACAUCAACGACAUCAACAACAUCAACAUCUACGACAACAUCAACAAAAUCAAAAGUUCCAAAGACCAAGUCUCCCAAUGCCAAGGAACCAAAGCCUGAAAAGAAGAAGGAUGAUAAGUCAUUCAGAAGCAGUCGAUCAAUCAGGAAUCUGGCAGAGGUGAUCCUGGCAGAGUACAGGAAUAUGCCCGUGGGCCAGAGGAUUGACAUGUCCACACUGAGCACCCGUAUCCAAGUGUCCAAACGUCGUUUCUACGAGAUCAUGAACGUUAUGGAGUGCAUUGGAAUGGUGCGCAAAGAACUCCGUGAUCACUACCACUGGCUUGGUUUCCAAAAUGUGUCCGCGGCAGUCAAGUCCAUCCAUAUCCUAUCCAAAUCCAACAUCUCCAUCAACUCCAGUAACACUACUACCAACUCCAACAACUCCAACAACAACAACAAUACCAAGUUGACAUCGAUAGGCCUGCUCUGUCAUCAAUUUAUCAGCAUGUUUGCCAACAGUCCAACGUUGAGUCUUGUCGAUAUCCGCCGAGAAUAUAAACUGGACGCCAUGCCAGCUCGUUGCAAACGUCUGUAUGACAUUGCCAACGUGCUCGAGUGCAUUGGUAUCAUUGCCAAGUCCGAAAGAUUGGGUUCCAAACAAAUGUACAUCUGGAACUGGAAGUCUGACUCCAUCAUCACAACCGAUAACAACAAUCUACGAACUGAAUAA